AUGCUUCUCCUGAUGGGUGAAAUAUACCAUACUGCCUUUUCUGUGCAGAUAUGGAUCGGCCCGAGCACUGCAGAUGGCAAAAGGUGCCUCAAAUUUAUGUCAAAAUUGGCCGGGUAUUCUUGGGACGAUGACAUCCCCGAUGAGGACAGCGAGGAGCUUUUUGGCAAAGCCGUGGCGAUUCCAGCGGCCGCCAUUCUAAAUGUUGGGCACAAAUUUGCAAAAGGACUCUUUGACGUGGUUGAUGUAAUAGAUCCGAAAGCUCGUCAUGACAAGGCCAAAAUAGUCCUUGAAUCGGACUGGAAUCAGAAGGCUAUGAGCCGCUUGUCGAAAUGGCAACCUGGAGAUAAGAGACUGCAGAAGGUGGAAGGUGAAAGCUUCUCCGAGAUGGCAGCUCUGAUAGACCUCACCUUUAUCCAGCAAUGCAGCUGGUUUGAGAGGAUGUGGGUUGUGCAGGAGCUUGGAGUCGCCGAUCUUGCCGAUAUCAUCUACGGGGGUUCAUCCUUGCCUUGGGAUGAAUUUCUUCAAGUGUUAUAUUAUCUGCAUUACUCGUGCAAGUUACCUUUGCUCAACAUCCAAAUCUUGACAAGGUUGGAGAAGAUUCGACAAGGCUGGGUUGAGUCCCAGCGGUUUCCUCUCUAUACGCUGAUCCGGAAUUUGAGCUACAGGCAAGCGUCGGACCCCAGAGACAAAAUCUAUGCUUUAUAUGGCCUAAUGGGGGACCAAAUGAAUGAUUUACUGCAACCUGACUAUACGAAACCUAUAGCAGAGAUCUUUGCUGCUACAACGCAAUAUUUCAUCCUGCAAAACAAGUCGCUAGAUCCGAUCUGUGGUUGGCAGACUCAAGGUCGUCACGAUCUACCGUCAUGGAUUCCGGACUAUUCUCUCGAUCAAACGAAGGCUGGAAUCUCAUUUAUUGGCGAUUAUGGCAAACGUGGUCUAUUUUCAUCUUCCGGCUAUGCAGAGCAAGGCAACUACGACAUAGGCACUUCUCCACUGCAAGAUUGGAGCACACUACCUGUCACCGCACUCUGUCUUGACUCGAUAUCCAUUAUUUCACCCCGUUGCCUCGAGAAUUUAGGAUUCAGCGCCGCUGAGCGGAUUUGGAGCACAACAAUUCUUGGAGCCGGACAUCUUUUCCAACAGAAUAUCGAAGAUCUUGAAUCCUCUGUUGGUGCGAUUUCCGAUGCUGUCCACAGGUAUGGGAAGUACUGGGAGUUGGCACAACCUGUACGAUUAGUAACUCCGCCCUCGAAUCCCAUCGGCAACACGACACUAGCGGCCAUGGUCACCGAACACAAGGAGCUCAAAUUCGACAAAAUACACCAUGGCAACAACAGUGAUUUCAUUGAAACAUACAUGCAUUCCCUUCUCUGCGGCAGCAUCACACCGACAACAAGAGUUGACCACAAAGACACUGAAGUUAUUGCGACUCUCAAUGUACCAGAAGCUCCACUGACAUCAGAUGAAGAUCCGGUCUGGCUCAUCUGCGAAGCAUUCGACAAGGGGAUGAAGAAUAGGGUUCUAGCCGUUACCAGCAAAGGCUCAAUAUGUGUCCUUCCAGAAGAAGCGCAGGAAAACGACGUCGUCUGCGUAAUAUACGGCUGUAGCGUCCCUGUGCUUCUACGAAAGACGCUGAAUGCGACAUCUUACAUGUUCGUGGGAGCCUGCUACAUGUAUGGUUUCAUGGAUGGAGAAGCUAUAGCUAUGCAAAGAAGUGGAACGUUCGUAGAAGAGAAAAUCAAUCUAGUUUAG